CGAGGCGCAAAGCGCAGCCGCAGUCGUCGCUCGGAUCUCGAUCGGGCCGGUUGCGUACUGUGUUUGUAGGUAGAUUCGCGAGCUACCAACAAGCGUCGUUUAGUCCAUUCCGAGCCGUGCAAUCGAGAUGGUCUUUUUCCUAGUUUUUCUAUAUGACCACGCGUAAGCAUUGCUCUUCUGCGUGUGUUUGUUUUGCUCCUAACAUUUAUCUAUCUCGCGACCGUGUAACGACAUUUAAGUAACGAUCGUUCGUUCGUUCGUUCGUUCGUUCUUCCUUUUAAGACUUUAAGAAAGUGAGACAGAGAGACAACGAGAUAAAAAGAGUACUAUAAUUCAAAUCAUCAUGGAUCGAUCGUCGAAAAUGAUUCUACGAAAGAUCAUUAUAGAUUUCGUGUGCUUGCUUAUUGUGGGUGGUGCGGUGCUGAUGUUUUUCCUGUUCGGCAAACCGUACAAGCGUGGAUUCUUCUGCAAUGACGAGUCGUUAUAUCAUCCGUUCCACACGUCGACUGUAACCAGCGCGAUGCUCUACGUCAUCGGUCUUUUACUUCCUAUAUGCACGAUGAUAAUCGGAGAGUAUCUUUACGCGAGGCAUUGUGACGCGGAUUCGACGAAGAUAUUGUUUGGCUACAACAUACCACCAUGGUUAUGGGGUGCAUAUGAAAAGAUUGGCGUAUUCGGUUUUGGAGCAGCAACGACUGUUUUAAUCACCGACAUCGCCAAAUACACGAUCGGCCGACUGAGACCCCAUUUCAUGACUCUUUGUGUGCCUAGCAUUAAUUGUAGCCUGCCUGAAAAUCAGCACAGGUAUAUCGAGAACUACGUCUGCACCGAGAACAUCUCGACCAGACUUCUAAAGGAGAUCAGAUUAUCCUUUCCCUCAGGACACUCGUCAUUCUCGGCCUACACGAUGAUCUACCUCGCGCUGUACUUACAAUUAAGGAUGACAUGGAAGGGUAGCAAGCUGUUGAAACACUUCCUGCAACUUCUGUGUAUACUUAUGGCCUGGUUCACGGCAUUGUCACGAGUUUCUGAUUAUAAACAUCACUGGAGCGAUGUUCUGGCCGGCUCGACCCUUGGUACCAUCGUGGCACUAGUCGUGGCGAACUGCGUGGCGAACCUGUUCAAAGAUCGGAGUCGUUGCUCGAUGGAUGAGAAACACCGUGCAGCCGAUUACGAAACAGGGGGCGGUACACAGGAAACUACAUUUACGUUAAACGGAACGCUGCUAAAUAGAAAAGAGUUCUCCGUAAUGUUGUAAAAAUGAAAAACGAGAUGGUGGAUUUUUUUUUUGGGAGAGAUAAAUAAACGAAGAGAGGAGCUACUCGAAUUACAAAACUGAUCUUUACGAUCAACGAUCGUCGCUGUACUUUGUUUAAAACUUAAAAUUAAGAGACAAUGUCAGAGGAAUUUCUGCGAGUUUCGUCCGUGCAGCUAAGCAUUACGAAACUUCGUUCUGUCUGAAAUGAAAAGUAUUCGAUUAAAAUAGGAAACAUAAUUAAGAAACGAUAGUAAUAGAGAUCCAGGAGGAGUGACACAAGAUUUUUUACGUGCAGUACAUUCCCAAUUUAUCAAUGAAACAAAUGUAACGCUAUACUCUUUCGACACCUUUUAGAUUUAGCGUAUUAUCUUCCUUCUCGAAUCGAAAAAUCGACGACGAAGUAUGUGGUUUGUUUCUUUUUUUUUUCUUUUUUUUUCUUUCAUACAUCUGCAGCCAAGUUCGAAAACAUUGUCGGAAUUGACCGAUAUGUAAAUUAUUGUAUCGUUCGAAACGUGCUACUGUAUUCUGAUUUACGAUUAGAAUAACGAAGCACUCUCCUUGUUAUUCGUAUGAACGGUUAAUUUUAUGUCUGCGUUAAGAUAUAAGUCGAGUGUAUUAUAAUAUCUUUAACAUAUUAUAUGUGUAUAUAAAUAUGUUAUAUUUUAAUGUCUUAUUGACCGUUGAUCUUGUUCCUAUGAUUGUAUUUCGCAAUUGAAAUUCGCGCGUAUGACGCGCGUGACAAAUAUAUUCUACUCUUUUUUUUUU